GUCUGAGCAGUAGAUAAACAGAUUAUUCCAGAAACAGUGCCUACUUUUUUAACCUCGUCACUCUUGCCACACUUUGCAGCAGGUCCUGUUCUGGAUCGGUUUACGUUUCCACACGCAUCCUGGAAUUCAUCGGAAGCGUUUCAGCAGCCACUCAGGGUCCCCCGAAUGACACGAGGUCGACCCACGCCCAUGAUCUCCACCUGAGCCAGAGGAGCCCCCUCCUCUCCGCUGACACCUUCCCUUGUGCUGCUGGAUUUACUUUGACGUUCAUAUUUCAGGAGACCGUCCUACAUGAUGCUUUGGGCGUUUGGACUCGCUCUGCUGCUCGCCGUUGCUCCGCAGGCUGCCGUGAUUAAAGAGGGCGAUGGAAGGAUGGACUUGGGGGUGAAGAUGGAGGCCGUUGGCCCGGCGGGACUGGCGCAGCUGCUGAAGAUGCCCGCCCUCACCAAAAGUUCAGGUUUUAAACCAGAGCUACGCCGAUCCAAGAGGUCGGUGUUUUUACACUCCGGAGUGAGAAUCUGCCCCCAGGAGACCAUCAGUGAGGUGAUCGCAAGCCACCAGGCGUACUACCAGCUCAGAGUUUGUCAGGAGGCGGUGUGGGAGGCGUUCAGGAUCUUCUUCGACAGGAUUCCGGGGACGGCCGAGUACCAGCGAUGGGUUCACACGUGUCAGCACGAGUCGCUCUGCAUCUCUGACCUCGCCAAAAACUUCAGCGACUCGGAGGAGCACGUGAGCAUGAUUCAGCGGAGGAUGGACCGGCUGAGAGACAGGAGGCCUUCAUCACGGGGAGCGACGACUCCUGCACCAACGCAGAAGCUCCCGGAGAUCACAGGUCCUGAGGCUCAGACCGAUCCCCCGUCAGCGCCCCCAGUGCUCGUCACCAGCACCACUGUCUUCUUCAGUUCCACGAGUGCCUCUCCAAGCUCCGCCCCUGAAACGAGCCACCCUGCCAAGGAGCUCAAAGAGGACCCGGAGCUUCCAAACGUCGUCCCAGAUAGUCCGGUGGAGCAGAUCGUGGAGUUCAGUAUCGACCUGGUGGAUCCGGGUUACAGAGAGCUGCUGGAUGACCCGGAUUCCCCUCAGUACAUCGACCUGGCACAACACCUGCAGGACCAGAUGCAGCAUGUCUUUGACAAACUUCCUGGAUUUAGAUCCAUCCAUGUGCUGGGUAUCAGCGAGACCCAGGACACUGACGGGCCUGGAGGAAUCUCGGUGCACUACUCUCUGGUCUUUGAGGUCAGUUCCCCUCAAAUCACCUCUGAGAUUUCAGAGAAUGCGACUGACAUGCCCAAGUCUUCCUCAGCCAACUCUGCACUCAGGGAAAUGGUGACCAAGGCUCUGCGUGAGGAGGCGUCCCUUCCAGUCAACCUGGAUUCAAUUAACUUUGAACCAGAAAAGAUCCUCCUACCAGCAUUGAGAGCCACCGCUUCAGUUGGAGUAAUGAAUCAGUCUAGCGAGCCUGAUUCACACAACGAGUUGGAAAUUUCCACUGUGGAGCCAGAGUUUGACAAACUCUGGCCAGUAGUUUCCCUCACCCCCAUGGAGAAGGAAAAUGCCCUGGAGAUCCUGCUUGACCCAACAGCAGUCCCAGAUGAUGAUGCGACAGCAGUGACCAGUGGGGUGGCAGAGGGCAGCGAUCAACUCCCGGGCUCGGAGGACGUUACUGAUGAGUCGAUUUAUGUGAGUGAACCCGGGCCAUUAAAGGAAGAGGGGAAGGGAGAAGAAUUGCUGAUCAUUACACAUGAGAUUGAAACCAUUCAUCAUGAUGAAACCGGUAAACUUGUGCGAGACUACAUUCCCACCCCUCCUGCGCUUCUUGAGCUGGAGACAGAUGCUCCCUACGUCAGUUUGUCUCCUAACCUGAUACCAGAGGGAGACCUGAGUCCUGUUGGUGACGACAGAGAAGGUCCUACAUUGGACACUGUUCAGAUCACCCCAACCGCUAAUAUUAUAUUCACUACAAUUCCGGCUGCAAAGGAGGCGCCUGAUGUUAGACUCCCCAUCACAACACUCUCCGCCAUAACAGACCAGCCACCCACAAAGCCAACAGUGAUACUUCAUGAAGACGAAGAAGAAAAUGCUCUUCCAGAGGAAAAAGAGGAGAUACAUUUGGGUGUCUCUAAAACCCACGAUGCUGGUGAUAUUUCAGAAACAAAGGAUGUUUCAGAGUUGGAAAAUGAAAAGGGCCUGCUCAAACCAGAAAGUGGGUUGGCAGUUGAACCUGAUGAAGAAGUUUUGCAGGCAACUGUUGAAGUUUCAGAGACAGUUGAUGGAAUAUCUGAAGUUUCAGAGUCAGCCAAAGAAGUAUCUGAUGUUUCAGAGACAGUCAAAGAAUCAUCUGAAGUUUCAAAGACAGUCAAAGAAGUAUCUGAUGUUUCAGAGACAAUCAAAGAAUCAUCUGAAGUUUCAGAGACAGUCAAAGAAUCAGCUGAAGUUUCAGAGACAGUCAAAGAAUCAGCGGAAGUUUCAGAGACGGUCAAAGAAGUAUCUGAAGUUUCAGAGACAGUCGGAGAAUCAGCUGAUGUGUUUAAACUAAAAGAAGUAGUAGCUGCAAUUUCCAAGGUAGAUGAACUUCAAGAACCUGACAAACUAGGAGCAACUGUUGCAGACCCUGAUGAAAAAGUAGCUGAAGUAUCAGUUGAAAAAGAAGUACAUGGGGUUUCUGAACCAGAAAAAGAAGUGCCUGAAGUUUUAGAGCCAGACCAAGAAGUAGCUGAGGUUUCCAAACCACACAGAGAAGUGCCUGAAGUUUCAAAGUUAGAAAAAGAAGUAUAUGAGGUUUUUGAAAGGGAUAAUGAAGUGCCUGAAGUUUCAGAGCCAGUAAAAGAGCCAGGUCAAGAAGUACCUGCGCCUUCGGAGCCAGGUCAAGAAGUACCUGCACCUUCAGAGCCAGUUCAAGAAGUACCUGAGCUUCCAGAGCCAGGUCAAGAAGUACCUGAAGUUUCUGAAAUAGAUAAUGAAGUGCCUGAAGUUUCAGAGCCAGUCAAAGAGGUAGCUGAAACCUCAGAGCCAGGUCACAAAGUAGCUGAAAAUGCAAAACCAGACACAAAAGUGCCUGAAGGCUCAGAGCCAGGUCAAGAAGUACCUGUAGACUCAGAGCCAGGGGAAGAGUUUAUAGUAGAAUCUCAAGAAGUUGCUGUUUCAGAGCCAGAAGAAGUAAUUACAGAAGUAAUUACAGAAGUAAUUACUACUCUAGGUAUUGAAGAGAAGGACCUUGAAGUUUCAGAGCCCAAGGCAGAAGCAGAAGAAAGCACCGUCAAAGAUCUGACAGAAGAAGCACUGCAUGAACAGCCCAGUGUUUUACAACCAGAAGAGGAAAAAGCAAAAAUUACAGAAGAGAUUAAAAAAAUGGACGAAAAUGUAAUUCCAAAUUUGCAGCCUGAGCCAAAUGUGGGGGGUGUUAAAGAACCAGAGGAAGAGUCACAAUUCACAGGUGUAGAAGAUGUUUCAGAACCAAAAGGAGAGGUGGUUGAUGCCACAGGAUCAGAAAAACUAGUGCCAGAGGCACGAGAUGAUAAAGAUGUCGAAAGAAAGCAGGAAGAGGUUUUGCGGGUAGAAAAAGUUAAACCUCCAGCAGAAGAAACUGCAGAACCAGAAACUGCACCGACAAGGGAAACCCAAGUGCCCAAAGUAACAGAAAUGGCACCUGUGGAAGUUGGGACUGCAGAAUCAGAAAAGGAGCAAGAAGAAGUACCAGAACCGACUGAGUCGGUGGUAGAGAUGAAAAAGGUACCAUACGAACCAUUACCUGGGAAAGAAUCAGAAGUACUGGAUGUAACUGAGGUCCCACUACCACAAUCUGAAGAAGUCGUGGAACAAGUGAAGGUUGCUGAAAGCCCAAAACCAAAAGAAGCUUCUCAACCGGUCAAAGGCAAAGCUGACAGUUUACCACCAGAGGAAAAGCUACCAGAAGUCUCAGAGCCAGAAUCUAAUGAAGAGGUAAUAAAGGAAGUCCAACAAUCAGAAGGGGAGCAUCUUCAUUCAGAAUCGGAUCCAGGUGAGGGGGUAGUAGAGAUGUUAGAACCAGAACCUAAAAUAGAUGCUACUGAGCCACCUGCUGAAUCAAUUAAAAUCCUGCCCUCCUUGGAUGGUGUGGACAACCUUCCUUUUGGAGAGGAUGCUGCUCAGGUCACUGAAGAUAAAAACCUCCUGUAUCAUGUCAGAACUGACUAUCAUCACCCAGCAGAGGAGCAUAAUUUACCCGUCAUACCAGUCCAGCCUUCCAGCGAAGAUGUAGGCGAACCUGACCAUGAUUAUCCCAUCAUUGAUCAUUUUUACAACGAGGAGGAUGCAGAGAGUGUAGACGUUCAGGUGGAGCAUGAAGUCAAUUCCACCACAAUGACAGAAACGACAAAAGGCAAUUCACACUUGGAGACGAUCUCUCAUAUCACAGUGGCAGCUGCAGACACGACAGGCACAUCAGAAGCCACUAAAGAGUUGCCAGAGGAGACACAAAAAAGUAAUUUAUCCCCAGAAACAGACAUCAGUGUGACAGCACCACCAGCUUCAGACUCACUGCCUACACCUCCGGCAGCUUCUGUCGAUGUUUCUGAAGUGUUUUUACCCGUCCCAACAAUUGACUCUGGACUCUUUGAGGUAGCAGAGGAAUCUGAAGUCCCCAUUGUUACUGAGUCUCCUGAGGGUGAUAGCGCUGAGCCGGAGGUGGAGUCAGAGCAAAGCGAGCCAGCUGUUGUCAUUAUUGAUGAAGACUUGGGAGGCUACAUAAAAAAAGAAGGCGGAAGCCCCACCACCCCGCCGGAUGCUACCGAAGACAUGGUGGAAGAAGCUGUGCAGGACCUGGCUGUGGAGCUGGAUCAAACCAGCGUGGUGGCCACAGACCCAAAUGAGCUCCUGGAAAAGGGAGAAGAGGGGAGCGGCUUCCUGUCUGUGCAGGAGGAACACAGGACCAUUGUCACCACGGCCACGCCUCCACUGAGAUACCUAACCACUCCCACCAUGACCACGGCCAGCCACGGCCGGGAGCUGGUGGUGUUCUUCAGCCUGCGCGUCACCAACAUGGACUUCUCUGAGGACCUCUUCAACAAGACUUCACCUGAGUACAGGUCCCUGGAGAACACCUUCUUAGACGUGCUGCUGCCAUUCCUGCAGGCCAACCUGACGGGCUUCAAAAAACUGGAGAUCCUCAACUUCAGGAAGGGCAGCGUGGUUGUCAACAGCAAGAUGAAGUUCACCAAGUCAGUGCCGUACAACAUCACCGAGGCGGUCCACUGCAUCCUGGAGGAGUUUUGCACCGCUGCCGCCAAGAAGCUGCACAUCCAGAUUGACACCCACUCUCUGGACAUCGAACCAGCUGAUCAGGCCGAUCCCUGCAAGUUCCAGGCCUGCGGUGAGUUUUCUCGCUGCGUGGUGAACGCCUGGACGAAGGAGGCGGAGUGUCAGUGCCAGUUGGGCUUCGUGUCAGUGGACGGUCUGCCCUGCCAGAGCCUGUGUGUCCUCCAGCCGAACUACUGCCAAGGAGGAGAGUGCCGCAUAGUUCCCGGAUACGGAGCCGUGUGCAGACACAAAGACGGCUAUUCCCUCCCAGCCCUUUCCAGUUAAGAGAAUAUAAAGGAUCGGACGGCACAUGAGAACACCACCACAGGAACUCGGACUCAUCGCGGCCUCAUUCAGUCACUCGGUUUAAAUUCAAGUUGAUGCAGAGCUGAGGAGGUUUCGGGACAAACCGCUGGCUUCUACACUCCCCAGCGCUCUGAGCUUCAUACCAGAGGACAAUCAGCCAUCGGGGAAAACAAACGUUUAGGCCAUUUUAAAAAUGUCAGAAAGCUGUCGUCUGCAGCUGACGAUGAAGAGGAGCUCAGGGGACGACCACAGCAUCGAUCGGGUUGAUAUCGAUUGACCCUGGACUGCUUUUAUAUAUGUCUGCUGACUCUAUAUGUCUGUAGGCUGUGUGUCACAUGAUUAGGAAGUAAUCUGAUGGUUCCCCCAGAUGUUAAUGCAAUUUACAAAAAAAAAAAAAAGGUCUCCAGUGGUGGGUAGCAAUUUGUUUCAUACCAGCAUAAUUUUAUGAUGUUCAGAUAAUAUUUUCUAGAUAAAUAAUAGAGAUGUUCUUUAACUUCCUAUUGUACACCUGAACCUUAUACGUAUAUCGAGUGAAGAUGCAGUAGUGAUAAAAAAAAGUUAUUACUUUUCUAUCAAGUUUGAUUCAAAGGACAUUUGGAUGCUUAAUGAGGUUAAAAUAUCCAGUAUUUAUUCUUUCUCUCAUCCCUUAUUAGAUUUAUUAUGCCCCAUAUUUAAUUUUUGUAAUGUUUUAUGGUCUCGUCUUAAUCCCAAGGUUGGGAAUCUAGAGCUUUAAACUAUGGCUAGCUGUGGUGCAGUGCUGAGCUAAUGCUGAUUGCUCAAGACUCCGCGUUAGUAAAACGUGUAUGCAUUGGCCAACCUUGAUGUUAACACCUGGAUCCUUUAAGAUGUAGCCACAGGGUUUUUCUUGGAUGUUACUGCAGAAAUUAAGCUGUGGGAAUACUUCCAUGUUUUUUUGCAAGAUGAUUUACACUUUAAUGAAACACUAACAAGCUGUUGACAAACUGUUGUAGAAUUACGGAGUUCCUGUAUUUGCUGUGAAAAUGUUGAGGAUUACCAUCACACCUUCUCUGGCACAUGUAGUGGCUUCAAAAUCCAGGAGUUUGGGUGAUUACAGAAUAGUUGUAUCUAUUUUAUGAUGUAGAACAAAACAUGAAAUCAGGUGACCCAUCAAUGGUUAAGGUUUGAUUUUGCUUCAGCCCUGUUAAAUAAGCAGAUCGUUUAGAAAUGAAAAGCUAUUAUCUUUUAAAUGUGUUGUCACAAACUGAACAUUACACUCACUGUGUGCUAGCUGCUAGUAUUAAACAUUAAAUCUACAGUUACAACAAAACCUAAAUAAAAAUCCACCCACUUCCUUGACCUAACCCCGAACCCUUCUAUAACAAAACCACAGUUAACCAAAGACAUUUUUUCAGGCGUCAAAAAAUAAACCUUUAACAAGA